CAAUGAGAAAAUCAAACACUUGACAUCUAAGCAUCUAAGCAGAAAGGAGCAAGCAUCUUUUAAAUUUCAACACAUUAUUACAUUAUGGUAUAACUUCUUUAAUGAUGUCUUCUACACUUUACCCAUCGCUGGAAGAGUUCAUGAAUGCACCUACAACACAACAUGAGGAUCCAAAUCACAAUGUCAUCCCAAGCGCUCCUCCUGAGAAUGAACUGGAGGAUGUCACGUGGGUAUGUUUGAACCUUCAGGGGACAAAGAUACCUAUGACAAUUCAAAGUCUUAACAGGCUCAACAGUAGUGUUAUAGAGAGACUGUUGAAGAACCAAACACUAGAUGAUGUAUAUUGGAUGGACCUCAACCCAGAUAUAUUCAAACAUUUAAUGAACAUGGCAAGGUCAAGCUCCACUGGUCAAAUGGUGAAUCGUAAUCAGUCAUACAAUACUGAACUUGUUGAAAUGGCAACAUACUUAGAUGUUGGAAAACACAUCAUGAACUCAAUAUCAAACGGCGCACAUCUGAGGAACAAAAAGACAUCACAUCACAAUCAACUUGAGAUUACAGUUUCGUAUAUACAUCGUCAAAACAAUGACAAAAGAUUCUGGCACAUCGUUGACAGCAUUUGCUGUGAACAUGAACUGAAUCAGAACAUUGAUUGUGACAUCACAAAGUAUAUCAAUGGAUAUAACAGUAAUGAACUGAUAUAUAAAUAUCAAAUUAAAGACUUGAGUGUGACAUGCUUGAAGUGUUACAAACAUAUCCCCCUUCAGACUAACCUGGGGUGGUGCCAUGUGUGUCGACUUUGCCGCAACUGUCAGGGUGCCGUAUGCAUCCAAAAGUAGCUGGAGAUCAUAAUAUUCUGAUUUGGAUUAGAAUCUCUUGCAUCUAUUAUUGACUUGACCUGAGUGUAUACCAAGUGAUCUCUGAAAGAGAAUUCCGAGAAAUAUAUAGUUCUAUUUAUUGUUUACUGAUAUUUAUAUUUUGUAUUUCAUUUUGUGAUUAUAAAGC